UUAACCCGUGACACUGUUGAUGUACUCAGUCAUUCCAUUACGUACUAUACCAUUGUGAUAGUGGCAUUGAGCUUGUUAUUUAUAAUAUUUAAAACAACUCUCGCUAUGUCAACAAGGCUGUCGGCGGCAAGAGAUAGAAUCGACAACAUUUUAUAGCAAGGAAAAUGAAAGAGUUAUUGGAACAUUAUGAAUAUCUUGUAAAUGAAGUAUUCAGGUCCGCUAGAACAGAAAACGACAUCAUAGACAUUUCAAACAUUAAUCUAAGCGACUAUCGUGGCAAUACACCACUUAUACUCGCUGCAAAGAGUCGAGAUUUCAACGCAGUAAAGCGGCUCCUCGAACAUGGGGCUAGCCUGAAUUGUUCGAAUGGAGAUGGUUCAACAGCUUUAUCUUAUUCAUAUCGCAGCAUUCCAUGUCUUCAAAUUCUCGUGAGAUACGGCGCUGACUAUUCCUGUAAGCAUGGACGUAAUGCUUUGAAGCUGGCAGUACAAAAUGAUCUUUUCGAUGAAAUAAACUCUGGAAAUAAAAUUUUAUUCGAGAAAAGGGGAUUUCAUUUUGACACAGCUCUUAUAGUGGCUUCCAAAAGCCCUGAAGAUAAGUUGCUUCUUGAAACACUAAUCAAGAAAUGUGAUGGCCUGUGUCUCAAAGUGUCUCUGCUGAGAGCGAAUUCUAUUGAGCUAGUCAAGAGUCUGAUAUCCGCUGGGGUAGAUAUAAAUGAGUCCAACGAUCGAGGCCACACUCUAUUGCACAGAGCAGUAUUAAAUAACAAUGUUCAGUUAGCCCAAUUCGCCGUGUCCGCUAAAGUAAAUAUCGAAGCCACUGACGUGGAAGGAUACACAGCUUUUUUGUUAGCAGUAACAAGGUCCACUGUGAUGAUGGAGUACCUCAUGUCGUGUGGGGCCAAUACGCUGUGUGCUAAUAAGAAUGGAGACACUGCGCUCUCUAGAGCCCUCAGGUUUGGUACCAUACGUGCCAUUCACCUUCUGUCAAAGAAAGAUUUAGAAUCAAGAGACGAACUAAAUGUGGAAGACGCUCUUCACAAUGAAGAUAAUUAAUAUCUAGUUACAAAGCUUAUGUUAACCCCUGACUGUCCGUCUGGUUUUACACGUUAUUUCUCCCUAACCCAUUCUAGGAUCAAGUUGACAUAUUGCACAUGAGAUAAAAAAAAAUAGAACGAAUAAGUUAAUUAGCUUUUGGUAAUUAAUUAUUUUGUUUAGUAUCAAACUGUAGUAGAAAGUGUUCUAGGCAAAUGUUGUGGCAUUAGUGUUGAAUUAAUCGCGGCUUGAAGGUUUGAAACUAACAACAGAUAACUAUUAAACCUUCUAUUUUCAUAAGCACUUCGCUGGCAAAGUUGUUAGUGUAUCAGCUUGACGAGGCUUACACCCUCGGGUUCAAAGGCAAGUCGUGCAAUUUCUUUUUUUUUUUAUUUACAUUUAUAAAAUGCUUUUGAAAAGCGAUCACGAUAACAAUCACAUCUUUCCCCUUUCCCAACUGGUCCAGACAAGCCAUAGAAUGAUAGAGCAUUGAAAAAGAUAAAAUCAUGACAUUGUUAAACAAAAGCGAUUGGUAAAAAUAACUGAAAGGACAAUUUUAUCAUUGUUUUGGCUCGUAGACCCCUUGUCAUGUUUUCCAGGAUUCGGUAGACCCCCUGGUUAGCUAAUAUUGCUGAAUUAAUUUUUUUCUGAUUUAUGAACUUCCAAUGUGUUUUUUUUUUCAACGAUGUCUAAUGGACAUUAGGAAUUAGGUGGCCACAUGCAUGGGCGUAGCUGGAGGUGAGGUUGGGUUGCAAAACUCCCCCACCGAAAAAAUCCUGGCUACGCCUAUGAUCAUAUGUAAGCUAACCUAAUAGAAUUUAUGAAACAAGUCUGUUAAAAAAAGCAAUGUACAACCUACGCUGAAUUAAAUUUCGUUUUAAAAUAA